AUGUGCGAUCGAUUCAUUCCAGGUCAGCUGACAUUGUUUAACUGGAGAAUGAAACAUGUACACAAACACUGGCUAAUCAUACUAAUUACGUUGGUGCUCAAUCUCUCUGUGACAGAUCCACUACGGGCAUUUGAUAUAUACGAUGACCAUAGACUAUUCAAUAUCAUAACAAGCCUCGGAACGGAGAUUUCAAAUGUGCUACUGCAAGACUGGAUGGGCUCGAACCCUAACCUCAUGCUUGCGGAUGAACCGAUGGAGGUAGUAGACAAAUUUGUUUACCUGGGUAGCUGUAUCAGUUCCGGUGGUUUCACGAAAGAUGAAAUUUUCAUCCGGAUUGGGAAGGCCAGAGCAGCUUUUGUGAACCCGCGUCACCUGUGCCUUACAUCAGAUGAGACCAUCGGUGCUUCACUGCUCCCACGACGGGGGCGAGAUGGCUCAACGGACAUUGCGAUAACAGAAAAUCCGGUCACGUGGUAUGACGCGUUCGAUGAAUGUGCCAUAAAACAAAGGAUAUUCCUGUUCCCCUUAUCUCAGAAAGUGAUCUACUUGACAAGAUACCUGCUCAAGAACCGAACCGUGUGGGUCGAAUACUACAAAUCCCAAUAUGGAUGGGAAGGUCAUUCCGGUGUGCAGUCCAUUAUAUCGUUUUGGACGAAGGAAGAAGACGAAAACGCCCCCGAGGGUAGGUGCGCAACACUGACAGAAAAUGGAGAGCUUCAGGCAAGAGAUUGCUUGGAACUCUAUCCGGCACUGUGCAUGAAUCCCACAGUGUUCUACGCGUUUCGUCGAGGAAUGCCUCCAGAAAUACCCACAGAAUAGUUUACCCCUAUCUUCCUGAUGCUGAUGGUUGUGGCGGUUCUGAAAAAAACUUGUUGUCAUUGUUGUUUUUAUAUGCUUCAUUCUGCCUCCAUUCUGAGACCACGACAGCAGAUAGUAAAAUGGGAGUGAGCAGGAGCGUCGCACUGGAAACCACAUACUGGUCGCUAAAGCUAUUUUUUCAGUGUACCAGUUACGAACAAAGUAUGCUGGAGAAAACCUUACUUUUUAUCCGUUUCGCUUGAUCGGAUCGCCUUACCAUUGUGCUCAUUGUGAUGUAUAAUGUAUCUCGACUUCGGAAAACCUGCCG